AUCCAUUUUCUACCGCGUGUCCCUUUAAGUAUCUUGGUGUAAUGACACGCCAGGUGUGACACUACCUGUUUCUUCAUGUUUGUUGGUGUGUAGAAUAUAGUCAAGGCAGGUGUGACACUAGCUGGAUGUAGGCGUGUAGAAUAUAGUCAAGCCAGGUGGGACACUAGCUGGAUGUAGGUGUGUAGAAUAUAGUCAAGCCAGGUGUGACACUAGCUGGAUGUAGGUGUGUAGAAUAUAGUCAAGCCAGGUGUGACACUAGCUGGAUGUAGGUGUGUAGAAUAUAGUCAAGCCAGGUGUGACACUAGCUGGAUGUAGGUGUGUAGAAUAUAGUCAAGCCAGGUGUGACACUAGCUGGAUGUAGGUGUGUAGAAUAUAGUCAAGCCAGGUGGGACACUAGCUGGAUGUAGGUGUGUAGAAUAUAGUCAAGCCAGGUGUGACACUAGCUGGAUGUAGGUGUGUAGAAUAUAGUCAAGCCAGGUGUGACACUAGCUGGAUGUAGGUGUGUAGAAUAUAGUCAAGCCAGGUGUGACACUAGCUGGAUGUAGGCGUGUAGAAUAUAGUCAAGCCAGGUGUGACACCUGCUGGAUGUAGGUGUGUAGAAUAUAGUCAAGCCAGGUGUGACACUAGCUGGAUGUAGGUGUGUAGAAUAUAGUCAAGCCAGGUGUGACACCUGCUGGAUGUAGGUGUGUAGAAUAUAGUCAAGCCAGGUGUGACACUAGCUGGAUGUAGGUGUGUAGAAUAUAGUCAAGCCAGGUGUGACACUAGCUGGAUGUAGGUGUGUAGAAUAUAGUCAAGCCAGGUGUGACACUAGCUGGAUGUAGGUGUGUAGAAUAUAGUCAAGCCAGGUGUGACACUAGCUGGAUGUAGGUGUGUAGAAUAUAGUCAAGCCAGGUGUGACACUAGCUGGAUGUAGGUGUGUAGAAUAUAGUCAAGCCAGGUGUGACACUAGCUGGAUGUAGGUGUGUAGAAUAUAGUCAAGCCAGGUGUGACACCUGCUGGAUGUAGGUGUGUAGAAUAUAGUCAAGCCAGGUGUGACACUAGCUGGAUGUAGGUGUGUAGAAUAUAGUCAAGCCAGGUGUGACACUAGCUGGAUGUAGGUGUGUAGAAUAUAGUCAAGCCAGGUGUGACACUAGCUGGAUGUAGGUGUGUAGAAUAUAGUCAAGCCAGGUGUGACACUAGCUGGAUGUAGGUGUGUAGAAUAUAGUCAAGCCAGGUGUGACACUAGCUGGAUGUAGGUGUGUAGAAUAUAGUCAAGCCAGGUGUGACACUAGCUGGAUGUAGGUGUGUAGAAUAUAGUCAAGCCAGGUGUGACACUAGCUGGAUGUAGGUGUGUAGAAUAUAGUCAAGCCAGGUGUGACACUAGCUGGAUGUAGGUGUGUAGAAUAUAGUCAAGCCAGGUGUGACACUAGCUGGAUGUAGGUGUGUAGAAUAUAGUCAAGCCAGGUGUGACACUAGCUGGAUGUAGGUGUGUAGAAUAUAGUCAAGCCAGGUGUGACACUAGCUGGAUGUAGGCGUGUAGAAUAUAGUCAAGCCAGGUGUGACACCUGCUGGAUGUAGGUGUGUAGAAUAUAGUCAAUCCAGGUGUGACACUAGCUGGAUGUAGGUGUGUAGAAUAUAGUCAAGCCAGGUGUGACACUAGCUGGAUGUAGGUGUGUAGAAUAUAGUCAAGCCAGGUGUGACACUAGCUGGAUGUAGGUGUGUAGAAUAUAGUCAAGCCAGGUGUGACACUAGCUGGAUGUAGGUGUGUAGAAUAUAGUCAAGCCAGGUGUGACACUAGCUGGAUGUAGGUGUGUAGAAUAUAGUCAAGCCAGGUGGGACACCUGCUGGAUGUAGGUGUGUAGAAUAUAGUCAAGCCAGGUGUGACACUAGCUGGAUGUAGGUGUGUAGAAUAUAGUCAAGCCAGGUGUGACACCUGCUGGAUGUAGGUGUGUAGAAUAUAGUCAAGCCAGGUGUGACACUAGCUGGAUGUAGGUGUGUAGAAUAUAGUCAAGCCAGGUGUGACACUAGCUGGAUGUAGGUGUGUAGAAUAUAGUCAAGCCAGGUGUGACACUAGCUGGAUGUAGGUGUGUAGAAUAUAGUCAAGCCAGGUGUGACACUAGCUGGAUGUAGGUGUGUAGAAUAUAGUGAGGGUUACGCAGUAGGAACACCUUUUAAAGGCAAUGCAUUUGUUCUAGGAAUCACAUCCUAAGUUGUUUAUUGAUGGGCAGCGUGGCUGGAGCCUAUCUCAGUUGCAUUUGGGCAGAAGGCGACAUACACCCUGGACAAGUCACCCCGUCAUCGCAGGGCCAACACAGAUAGACAAACAACAUUCACACUCACAUUCACACACUAGGGACCAUUUAGUGUUGCCAAACAACCUAUCCCCAGGUGCAUGUCUUUGGAGGUGGGAGGGGCCCAAAUAUACUUUUUACAAUACAUUUGAAUUUAAUUCUGUCACAAGGCACCGUUUUUUCCUUCUUCUGCAUGAGUUAGUAUAUUCUACAUGAUGAAUCAUGCUGGCUGCUGUCAAAGGAGCAAGUCUUGGCCUGAGAUACUUCAGCAGUAACUGCAGCAAAGGGUACCGGCAAGCUCACCUGGUCAUCCUCCCUAAACAUUUGGCCGACGACUUUGAGGCGUUCUGCCACAGUAAUCCUGCUCCUUUGCCGCUGCUGGAGCGCAGACAGUGGGGGGACAACUCCUGCCCGCCUCUGGCUAAAGAUGAUGUCAUCAGAAUCUAUCAAGGCGGUGUUCUGCUGGAAAAUGUCUCCAGCCUGCAGAACUCCAGUGUUUCAGCCAGGAGUGCAUCGCAACAGUCAUCUGGGCUUGAAGUGAAGUGGUCAGACAUGGUGUGUUUCUAUCUGGGCUGUAGCUUUGGCCUUGAGGCCGGCCUGAAGAAAGCUCUGGCCGUAGUCAGGAAGGCCAGCAUGUACAAGACUGCAGUUCCCUGCAUUCAAGCCGGUGUUUUCAGCUGCCCUCUCGUGGUGUCCAUGUGUCCAAUCCCACCGAGUAGACUCCAGGCAGCGGUCCAAGUCACGCACCAGAACCCACAUGGAGCCCCUGUGCACAUCGGGGAUGCGGACCUGCUGGGCAUUCAGGAUCUGUCCAGACCAGAUUAUGGGGGUCCAGUUGAGUUGCAGCCUGCGGAUGUCCCCGUCUUCUGGGCCUGCGGUGUGACGGCUGUGGAAGCCAUAAUCAGCAGCAAGCCUUCAUUGGCAUUCACUCACUCAGCAGGCAGCAGCGUGGGCUUGCCAGGUGUCCAGGGAAGCUCCCCAAUGGGCCCUCCCCCUCACAGCAUGGGGUCAGAAGUCACAAGUCUCCCCCCGGACCUGACGCCACUCUGCUUUCACAUAUCCUCAAAUCCCCUGUUCUAUAGUUUGGCAUCACAGAGGGCUGUGUCCAAGGUCAGGAAGUUGGAAGCCAUCAUUGGAGAAGAUCCAGGCGUUCCCAGACCGGCCGGGAGACAUAGUCUCUCCAACGUGUCCUGGGUCUGCCCCCGUGGUCUACUACCGGUCAGACCUGCCCUAAACACCUCCUCUCCAUGUGUUCUUCGGGUACUCAAGCCACCUCCAAAAAGUCAACGAGGAAUCAAAGCUUUGUUUAUCCAAGAUGAACUCAUCCGCUCCUGUCUGGCGCUCUCCCAUGCGUCAUCUGUUGCCAUAACAACAGGCUUUCCCACUCACUACAUGCACAGCCCUCCCGAUGAGACCGAUGGCCCACCUGGAGCUGUUGCCAUGGCGACCAUGCUCCUUUCCCUGGGCAAGAAAGUUACACUGGUGGUGGACAGAAGGGCCUUGGAGAUGAAUCAGGCCAUCAUUGCUGAAGCUGUGAAGAAAGGCGUUCUGAAAAGCACAAUACCAGUGGUCACCUUUGAAGAAAGUGGUCCAAACUCUGCACUUCAUUUCUUGUGUCACCAUGGCGACCCGACUGAGCCCAGGUAUGACCACAUGGUGGCGAUAGAGCGCAGCGGGCGAGCUGCAGAUGGGAACUACUACAACAUGAGAGGAAUAAACAUCAAACAUCUUGUGGACCCAAUUGAUGACUUGUUUAUUGCUGCACACAAGCUGGCAGGAAUGACAAGUACAGGAAUUGGUGAUGGAGGCAAUGAGCUGGGGAUGGGCAAAGUGAAGGACAAGGUGAAAAGCCUGAUGCCAAAGGGGGAGCUGAUAGCCUGUGAGGUUCCCGCGGACUACGCCAUCACCGCAGGGGUGUCCAACUGGGGAGGGUACGCUGUGGCCUGUGGCCUCUACCUGCUGCACACCUGUCCCACACACCUGCGAUAUCUGCACAAAGGACUGGGGAAGCAUCACCUGACUUCUCAAGCGUUACAACAUUGCACCGCCAACCUGCCAUCUGUGGACAAGGAGGAGUCUAUCUUGUCAACGCUGGUGGAUUUUGGCAUUCGAAGUGGUAAAACUGGUAACCUGGCCAUGGAGGUGGAUGGUCUGACCUUUCACCCCUCACAUUCUGACAUCAUCGCCAAACUACUCAAGGUCACCUUGGACUCGGACUAAUAAAUCAAUCAAUAAAUA